UUAUGUUACGUAUAGUGUAGUUAUAUCAACACGAUCAACACUCAGAGAAAUAUAUGUAUACACGGUGACACCUAAAAAUUUAUAUAUAACACGUGAUUGUUCUUCUAUUUAUUAAAGCUUAUUUUGAGAUAAAAUUCAUAACACUAUGGACACAUUUGAUGUAUUUAAAAAACUUUCUGUAGGAACGAAAUUUAAUAAAAUACGUUUCCGAUCUGAUGCUGAGAAAUUUCAAUUAAAAAAAUUAAAUUGCAAUGAUAACCAACUACAAAUUAAAGAACAUCUAUCAGACUUUAAAAUUUCAAAUAAAAGAAAAUGGAAAGAAGAUGUUGAAUCAACUGGAAAGACAGAAGAACUUAUAAAAUUUAAAGAGGAAAAAAAUAUUUUAACUCUUUUCAAUAGAGUUUCACCGUCAUCUAAUGACACGAAACUUAAAAAGAAGAAAAAACAAAAGUUGAUGACUGAUGAAAAAUUACUCCAACUUGAGCAAGAAAAGAUCAAUCACUUUAGGAAUGUACAUCGUAUUUCAGUUGUUGGUCAACAUAUUCCUAAACCAAUUGAAGUUUUUGAUGAAUUAUUGGAUACUUAUAAUGUUGGUCAGGACCUCGUAGAAAAUAUAAAAAAAUGUGGUUAUACAAUACCUACAUCAAUCCAAAUGCAAGCUUUACCGAUUUUAUUAGAAAAUAAACCAAUCUUAGCUUGUGCACCAACUGGGUCGGGUAAAACUUUAGCUUUUUUAUUACCAAUAAUUCAUCAUUUAAAUGGACCAAAAAAUCAAGGAUUUCGGGCUAUAAUUUUGAGCCCUACAAGAGAACUAGCGAAACAAACAUAUAGAGAGUGUUUAAGAUUAAGCGAAGGUAGAAAUUUUAGAGUUCAUAUUAUCAGUAAAAUAAAACAAGCUCAUAAAAAGUAUGGUCCUGGUAGUUCACAAAAGUUUGAUAUCUUAAUCACGACACCUAAAAGGUUGGCAUUUUUAUUAACCCAAGAUCCUCCGGCAAUUAAGUUAACUAAUGUUGAGUGGUUAAUUAUCGAUGAAGCUGAUAAACUGUUUGAAGAUGGUCCUCGUAGUUUUAGAGAUCAAUUAGAAAUAAUUUCGAAAGCUUGUACUAACAAAAAUCUACGUCAAGCAAUGUUUAGUGCAACCAAUACUCCAAUUGUCACCAAUUGGUGUAAAUAUAAAUUAAACGGAUUAAUUACUGUAACUGUUGGGCAUAGAAAUGCUGCGACUGAUAUGGUUGAACAAGAAUUAUUGUUUGUAGGAAGUGAAAGAGGAAAAUUGGUUGCUUUCAGAAACAUUAUUUGUAAAGGUAUAUCUCCUCCAGUUCUUGUGUUCGUGCAAAGCAAAGAAAGAGCUCAAGAAUUAUUUAAUGAGCUCAUUUAUGAUGGAAUCAACGUUGACGUCAUUCACGCUAACAGGACUCAAACUCAAAGAGAUAAUGUUAUAAGGUGUUUUAGAGAAGGCAAAAUAUGGGUUUUAGUAUGUACGGAGUUGAUGAGUCGCGGAAUUGAUUUUAAAGGUGUCAAUCUUGUUAUAAAUUAUGAUUUCCCGUCAUCUGCUAUAUCAUACAUACAUAGAAUUGGUAGAACUGGCCGAGCCGGUCAUAAAGGGAAAGCAAUAACAUUUUUUACUGAACAAGAUAAGAUUAAUUUACGAAGUAUUGCAACAAUCAUGCGAAUGUCUGGUUGCGAUGUUCCUGAAUACAUGUUAGCUAUGAAAAAACAUAGGAAUGAGAAAAAGAAAAAAAAAGAACAUUCAACUCUGAAACGUGACUCAAUUUGCACAAUUCCAAAGUUUGAAAGAAAAUAAUUAAAAUCUUUAGGAUUUAAAAUGUAUUAAUUAUUUAAUAAAUAUUUUAUAAAAAAAAGUA